AUGGCAUCGUCGGUUCUAGAAGGUUCUGAAGAAAAGAUUUAUGGCUUUAAGUUGAUGAGGUUGAUUGUUGAUGGAGGAACAGAGGUAUUGAGAAACGUCUUUUUAACAAUACACCCCGGUAAUUUGCAUGCUGUUUUGUCUACUCAUCAUCCUACACUUUAUUCACUGUUUAAAACAAAGAAAAUAAUCACGCAACCACAAUGGGAUAAACUGUACCCAUCUCCCCCAACAAUUCCAAAUAUUCAAGAAUUUGAUAUAACAUUACUUGUUAUCCUGUUAAGAAAUAUCUGUGGCUUAUCUCCACCUAGUACAGGCUGGAAUGCUAUGCCAGGUUCCACUGACAAUUCUCGUCAAGCAAAUAUUGUUCGUAUUAAGCUGUUUCGCAACAAUUUCUUUGGUCAUGUCCCUGGCACAAAUGUUAGUAGGUUAGAUUUUGAGGUUCAUUGGGUAGAGGUUGGUUCGACUUUACGUAGUUUGGGUAUAAAUCAAGUCGAAAUAGACAGACUGAAGGCUGAGCAAUGUGGAGAGGAGGAAGUAGAUCGUGAGAAAAGAAUGGAAUGA